ACCACAACUGUUGCUCCAACGACCACAACAGUUACUCCAACGACUACCACAGUUGCUCUAACGACCACAACUGUUGCUCUAACGACCACAAAAACUGCUGCUCCAACGACCACAACUGUUGCUCCAACAACCACCAUAGUUCCUACGACAACUACAACUGUUGCUCCAACGACUACCACAGUUGCUCCAAAGACCACAACUGUUGCUCUAACAACCACAAAAACUGCUGCUCCAACGACCACAACUGUUGCUCCAACAACCACCAUAGUUCCUACGACAACUACAACUGUUGUUCCAACAACUACCACAGUUGGUCCAACGACCACAACUGCGGAUCAAAUAACCACAACUGUUGCUCCAACCACUACAACUGUAGCUACAACCACGACAACUGAAGCUCAAACAACCACAACUUUUGCUCCAAAGACCACAACAGUUCCUCCAAAAACUACCACAGUUGCUCCAACAACCACAACUGUUGCUCCAACGACCACAACAGUUCCUCCAACAACUACCACAGUUGCUCCAACAACCACAACUGUUGCUCCAACCACAACAACUGCUGCUCCAACAACCACAACUGCUGCUCCAACAACCACAACAGUUCUUCCAACGACUUCCACAGUUGCUCCAACAACUACAACUGUUGCUCCUACGACCACAACAGUUCCUCCAAAGACUACCACAGUUGCUUUAACAACCACAACUGUUGCUCCAACAACCACAACAGUUCCUCCAACCACAACAACUGCUGCUCCAACAACCACAACUGCUGCUCCAACGACC